AUGGACGGGGUGCCGAUGAAAGAAUUAAAUGUUGGAGGAACAUCCAAAGCAGCCAUUGUUUUCCUGCCGCUUCAGACAUCAAAACAAGGAGAGGACCUAGCCCAUGACGAGCCGUAUAUCCUUCGGAAUGGAAAGCAUCGCGAGGUAGUUAUACACACGGCGGAGCAUGUUCGCGAAUUUCUUCGCAACGACUCAAAAGAUCAUUUCAGGCCCACCGAUUUGAACUUUGGGGAUUACUUCUACCAGGUACUUGGACAAUGCGUCGGCGCACUCAGUGGAGAGCCGUGGCGAGCUGUGCGUCGCUACUUUGACCCGGCUUACACGCAUAACGCCGGUCUCGGUUUAAUCCCUUCAUUCCAAGCCGAAGUUGUGAAGUGGUUGACCGCUCUAAAAAACGACUCACUUCGGUCGGGUGUAGGAAGGAUGGUUGUGCAUGCUCCUACUUCUUGCAAACUGCUGCCAUUGCGUGUCAUACCAUUGAGCUUCUAUGGCGAAGCAUUCGACGAUGAAGCCUACUCACAUCUCCUCCGUAUCAGCAAGUUGCAAGGUCAGGCGUUGAAGUACGCAGUGACCGGCCGGUGGCAGAAAUAUCGGUGGUAUAACUUGCUUCCAACCUCUUCGAGCCAGGUCCUGGAGCAGUAUCAUCGAGAUUGGAGAAAGUUCAACAUGGGUAUUCUGGAGACUGCGCGGAAUUAUCUCCAAACCAUCGAUGAGAUGAUAUUCACCAACAUCGACAUCACCGGUAACGUAAUCGCAUUCAUGUUCACGCAACUAGCCAAGCAUCCCGAGUUCCAGCAAAAGCUCUAUGAAGAGAUAAUUGCCCAAAAAUGCGAGUCAGAGCUCGACUUGAAACAAUAUAUAACCCAGCAGUCGACGCUCCUGCAUUACCUGUGCCUUGAAAGUGUCCGCCUGCACCCGGCUAUCUGGUUCUCGGUCCCAGAAUACACCGCCAUUGACAAGGUGAUUGGCCGCUACAAAAUCCCGGCGCAGACUCCGGUCAUCAUCGAUGUUCGCCGGCUCAACACCAAUGCACUCACAUGGGGCCCAGACGGCGGCGAAUUCCGACCUGAGCGAUUUGCAAGCCUCUCACCCAAUGAAUACCGCUAUGGAUUUAUGCGCUUUGGAGUUGUCUCGGGAAGGUGUCUGGGCAAGCAUAUGGCAGAUGUGCUAAUGAAGAUAGCAAUAAUCACAAUAUUGAAACAGUACAGGAUUGAAGAGGUGGAGAAGAACAUUGGAGUCAAGGAGGGUGAUUUGGCUUUUAUCCAGCGAAAAAAUAUAACACUCAAUAUCAGGCCGAGAAAGUCAGCAAGGAUGAGUCCGCAUGGAGCCAGAUCAGCACUCAGUAGGCAGCUGUCAGGCAGACAACACCGGGAGCAAGCUCUGACUAUGAAUGCCCUGCCGCCGCCACACAUUCUCGCUGCAUUUGGCCUGCGUGGCACUCCCCAGCGACUACCCGGGGGCCAAGGGCAGAGCUACCAAGUUGGCGAUGCCGUCCUAAAACCCGUCGAUGGAGAAGAAGAAGAAGCCGAAUACAUCAGCCGGCUUCAGGAGGUCCUACUCAGGCAGAAGAAAACCCCCGGAUAUCGACUUGCAGAGCCCAUUCCCGCCACCACAGCCAGUGAGAAAGGCUACGGAUACGUUGUUGACGGAUGGGGUGCCACGAGACUCAUACCCGAUUGCGCUGAUGAUCCGGACGGGCGUGGCAGGCGGUGGAAUGGCAUCCUGCAUGCUGGCCGAGAGUUCCAUGCGGACCUCGUGGCUGCUGUACACAAGCGACCUGCCUUUAUCGCAGCCCGGACCCAUCGGUGGGCAAAAGGCGACCGGAUCGCAUGGUCUGAGGAGCCGAAAGACAACAUACAGAUUGCGCCACGGUUUCGGGGCUCGUUUGAUCGCCUAGUGCAGCUUCAAAGGCCCGUUGACGCUGACAGUCUGCAUUGUCAGCUUGUCCAUGGCGAUUUAGCAGGCAAUGUCCUUUUCUCUAAAUCUGAUCCGCGUGCUACGCCGGCGAUUAUUGAUCUAUCACUUUACUGGCGGCCUGUUGAGUAUUCAGAAGCCAUUGUCAUUGCAGAUGGGUUGAUUUGGCAUGGUGAGGGAGAAGAUCUGGUGCAUUUGCUGGGAACUGAGGAGUUCCAGUUGCAGAUGCUUGUGAGAGCAUUGAUUUUUCGGAUAGUUGCUUCGAGCGAAGCUAUCAGAGAGGCAGAUUGUGCGCUUGAUGGCCUGCUGGAUGAGCCCAAGUUGUUUGAGAGGGCUGUUGGUAUUGUCGAUCGGUUUCUACACUCGUUGGAGACUUGA